AUGAAGCAAGCGUACCAAGAUGCUAUGGCCAUCUGCAGUAAAUUCGGCAAUCCAGUAUUCUUCCUGACUUUCACGGCGGUGGCGGCCAACAUUCCCAGCCAUCUAUCGGCACCAGAUCGGCCCGAUAUAAUCGCAAGAGUCUUCCAGCAAAAAAAGAUUGAGUUGGUCAACGACAUUGAAAAGCGUCAGAUGCUGGGAUUUGCGACUGCACGGAUACACGUCAUUGAAUUUCAAAAGCGCGGAUUGCCCCACUGUCACAUGCUCAUUUGCAUCGACGAGCGUGACGCCCCCGCUACAGUGGAAGAUGUGGAUGCAACCAUAUGCGCGGAAAUUCCCGAUAGAAUAACGCAUCUGAGACUUCAUAAGAGCGUUAUGGCCCACAUGAUUCACGGUCCGUGUGGGUAA